AUGUCAAGAGAAAGUUUUAUAAUUCAAUUUAAUGGAGCAAGUUCAAUGAUAAAAAAAAAUAAAAUCCCUGUUGCUCGUUGUAUUAACUUAACAAUGGAAACAUUUAAUAAUAGAACACCUAAUUGUGAAGAACUACUUUCAAUGUUAUGGAGAAUAACUUCAAAAUCAGAUGAUGUUGGUAUUGAAACAUUUGUUAAAACAAUGCAACACUUAGAUAAUUUAUAUUUUAAAACAGGUGAAUUGAAUGGUCAAGUAAUUGUUACAGCUGCUUUUUUUUCAUUAGACUCUUCAUAUGAUUAUUCACUUGAUAGUAAAGAAGUGUCCGAGUUUUUCAAAAGAAUUGGUGAUAAGAAAAAUUCUAAAAAGAUUAAAGAAUAUAUCAAACAAAAUGAUGAAAAUGGUGAUGGAGUUUUACAGUUAGAUGAAUUUCUUGGUGCGUUUGAUUCAAUUUAUAAAAUUAACUCUAUUCCUAUCAAUGAUUACUUAAAAGUUAUAGAAUUUACUGACUUUUCAAAAAGAUAUGAUUUACUUCCAAAAAAGAAAGGAAAAGUACUACAAGAAGAUGUUGUCCAAGAAUUAAUAAAGUAUAUUCCAUUAAAUGAGCGUAAAGGUAUUGAAACACAACUUUCUGUACUUAUUCUUCUUUCUUCAAAAGAUAAAAAAACAAUGUCAAGAGAAGAAUAUGUAAAAGUACGUCGUGGAAUUAAUUAUAUUGAAACUAAAAUUGGAAGAAUUACAACUGAAGUUUUAAUGACUUGUACUUUUAGAGCUCUUGAUAAAUCAUGUUCUGCUUCAUUAGACAAUAACGAUUUAACAAGAAUGUUAAAAGCCUCUGGAAUGGAAUCAAAAAAGAAAGUUGUGCUACAAUAUAUUGCUGAUUUAGAUGAAAAUGGUGAUGGAGUAUUACAAUUAGAUGAAAUGCUUAGUAUUUUGAAAGUAUUUGUCAAUAAACAUAAUUUUGAUAUUGAAAAAUAUCUAAAGAAUCUAGAUGCAAGAGUUCCUGCUGAUAUUGUUGAAUGUUCUUUUAAAGAACCAAUUAAAAUCCCGAACAACAACUUUAUUGUUAAUGAUCAUUUAACUUCAAAUGAUUCAGAACAAAUCACUUUUGCCUUGUUUGAUGCUACUAUCAAAUGUAAAUUAGGAGAGUCUUAUUCAACAAAUAAUGAAAUAUUUAAAUUUUUAUUUUUUGUUGCAGAUAUACACAAUCAAGGAUUUAUUACCAAAACACAAUUUCAUUUAAUCAUGAAAUUCUUAGAUUCUACUAAUGGAAAAAUAGAAAAUGAUCCAGUCUUAUGUCGUAUUUGUUUCCAACUUCAAGGAAAGAAAGAAAUUGGAGUUGAUGAACUUCAAACAUUAUGCAAUAAAAUGGGACAACCUUUUAGUAGUGAGCAAGAAGCCAUUAACGAGUUAGUGAUGUAUGAUGAUAAUAGAAAUGGAUUUAUUGAUGAAGAUGAGUUUGUGUAUUUAAUGACUGAAGAUGACGAAUUAAAAAUGGACGAUUCAAAUGAAGAACAUUUGAGGAAGAAUGCAAGAAAAGCAGUUAAGCUAUUUAGAGUUCAUGACACUAACAGAGAUGGAUUUCUUAAUGAAACUGAAGUUGUAGAAAUAUUUCUUGCUCAAUGGCACCAAUUUUCUCCUAAUAACCAAAAGGCUAUUCACAUUGGAUUUCUUAAAAAUCAACAAAACGAUUUUAUUGAUGAAAAUAGAUUUGUGAUUUUAUGUCAAGAACUAGAAGCAGCAAUGACUGAGGAUGAUUCUGGAGAAAUCAAUAUUGAUAAACUUAUAACUAAUUUCUUUUAUUUCUACGUUCCAAAUGGAAGCAAUUUAAUGAACAAAGAAACUCUUGAAAAAGUACUUAUUCAAUUUAAACUUCCAUCAUCUCCAGUCCUUAUUCAAAAUUUGCUUACGUCAAGCAAUUCUUUUAAUAUGAUCACUUUUGAAAAUUUCUCAAAAUAUAUAAGUCAACAUCUUUAA